AUCUAACUAUCAAAUUAUAAAUAAAGCGUGUUGUGCGGCGCACGUUGUUAGAAAUUUGUAAUUUAAACGUUAUAUAUUAAAACAAUCAUGCAAACGGAAAGUAAUGGCAAACGAAAAAGACCAAAGAAGAAGGGAAGUCGGUUUAUGCGAAAUGCCAAAGGAUUUGCCAAGCAGGGCAUUUUCGGACGUGGUACACACAUUGACGAUGAUCAGUUUAGUUACUUCAUAAACAUUUUGGAUGCCAUGAAGGCUGGAUUUGAAGAUGUGGAAGAUCGAGUUAACAUGGCCAACAACGUGUUUGAGCAGACAGUGGACAAGGAAAUUCAUUUAUCUUCCAAUCAAAUUGUUUCCAAAGCUAUUGAAUCCCUAAUCGGCUUUGUGGAUGAUGCACAACUGGAGCGAUUCUUUGGCAAAUUUGGCGACAACUUGCGUCCGAUGUGCUCCGAUCGUUUUGCCUCCCAUGUAUUACAGAAAAUGCUAGAAAUAGCAUUUCUACGAGGAUUGGGACAGGCAGCAGCCCAGGAGCAGUCAGAAGCAGAUGCUCCAGGCCCAGCAAAGCGAGCGAAGCCCGAUGCCGCUCAAGUCGAGGAACAGUAUAAUUUGGAAACCGAUUUUAGCGACAAGCACCGUGAACAGUGCCGAAACUUUGUGCUGCGCAUAUCAAAAUUUAUGCUUAACAAUCUGGAGGAUUUUGUCUGGGAUUCGUGUGCUACUCAUAUCAUGCGCUCAGCUAUACUCUGCUUGGUGGGCAUACAUGUACCCAAAAUUGCAUUCGAGAAGGGCGGCGCAGAGCUUGCCAAGCACCGUAAACUUUACACAGUGCCCGAGGAAUGGCAUGAGGUGAUGAAAGAGUUCCCACAGCGUCUGGAGUUGUGGCCGCAGUUUGUGGACUUUCCCUACCAGGAGCACUCCUCCGCUUUACUGGGUGUUAUAUGCUUAUCGCUUAGCGUGGUAGACAAAAGCAUGCUGAAGCAUUUUGGCAAGAAAAUACUGACACAAAGCUUACUGAAGCCAAACGAGGACAAUGGUGAUGAUGAUGAUGAAAAGAAAGAGUCCAAAAUUGAAAUUGAUGAUGAUAAUGACGAUCAGGGCAAUAAUGAGAAGCAAGAUGAUAAUGAAAAGACGGAAAAGCCCAACAGUGAGCCGGCUGUGUUGCUGCCUAAAGUCUUCCACUAUCAGUGUGCUGUGAUACUGCUGGAGACUCUUCUGAGUGUGGCAGGCGCUAAGCUGUUGACACAGCUCUAUGCCAUGCUCUUCAGCGGUCGCGUUGCCCAUCUGUCGCAGCAGCAACAAACCAACUUCGCCGUGCAGCGUCUGCUGCAGCACAUAAAGGAGGUUUCCGACUUUGAGUCAGUUUUCACUGAACUGCAGCCGCAGACGGAGCAGCUGCUUAAAAUGGGCUACACCGGCGUAGUGUCUGCCUUGUCCGGCGCCUGUCUGCGUCUAGGUGCUAAGCAGGCACAGAUGAUAGCUGCCCUUCAGAGCGCCUUACACGUCACAGGAGAUAAGGAGAAAUCCAAGUUGUUUUUCAACUGUCUCGUCAAAUUGAAACCACACGAAUUGCUCGCCGGCGAUCAGUCGGGAUUUGUACAUCUUCAUGGCUCACUGAUAGCACAGCAUAUAUUGCAGUUCAAUAAACCAAUCUUCUUGGUUAACUGCAUCCUGGAACUACCUGCCGAACAGUUGUCACAAAUCUUUAAUACACCAAAUGGCUCGCAUAUUGUGGAUGCCUUCUUGCAGAGUAAAUACAUUGGCGAAAAAUCGCGUGAACGUCUUAUACGUCAGCUGGAUGGCUUCUAUGUCGAUCUAGCUAUCACCCGACAUGGCUCACGUGUCCUGGAUCAGUGCUUCAAGGCGGCACAAGAAGCGCAAAAGCUGCAUAUUGCCAAGGAACUGAGUAAUAAGGCCAACAUGCUAAAGGGAUCGCCAUUUGGCCGUCUAAUCUAUACAAAAUAUCGCUUGGACACCUACAAACUGUCGGCCAGCCAGUGGCAGGCCAGUCUGGGACAACAACAGCAGAAGGAGGAGAGUGUGGGCCAAACAAAUAAACGACCGGCGAAGACAGCAACCGAGUUAUUUAAGGAUAUACUUACACAAUAAAUAGAUUUGUUUUUAUUUAAGAAUUAAACAAUUACAGAUUGUGAUAGCAAUCAACCUGAAUAAAAGUAGGGACCUUAAAGAAUAACAGCUAAAA